GAACGGUGUCCGGUGGGGAGCAUGUUCUGGUUAUUUCUGGCCGGCGCGGAAGGGGACUGUUGGCCUCGAGCGGGACGGUUGCGAUGGCGAGCGGCAGCCUGGCGGGCGUUGCGGCAACCGAGGAUGGACCCCGCAGCGCCAAUGGCCCCCUCCGCCACCCCCGCAUCGCUGCCGGCUGCUCCUGGGACUGCGCUUCCCCCUCGUCUCCCGGGGGCCUGGCGGACACCCUGCGUCUCCUUCCCGAGGGAGCCAGUGACGGCGAGGCGCUGGCGCCGCCUGAGCACGGGGAGAACUCUGUGGUUUUGGAGAGACGUUUAAAUGAUGAAAAGGAAACUCCCUGCUUACUGUACCUGCAGUGUGAUCCUCAUGGAUCUGAGCAAAUAGUCUGUGUUGGAAUUUUAAGUGAGGCAAGAAACAUGGAAGUCUAUGUAGGAGAAGAGUAUUGUGGAACUGGUAGGGGACAGAAUGUCUGCACCAUCCAGAAUGAUAGAAAUGACAAGGUUACCUUAUACAAAAAGUAUCUUAAAUUGGAGUACUCCACAACCUCUUGUAGAAUUAAGCUGCUCUCUAUUGGUGAAAGACAAAGAGUACUCCUAACUAAAAUUGUAGUACAAGUAAGAUCAGUUUCUGCAAAGUCUGCCUCAGAUCUUUCUUCAUUAGGAUCAAACGUAGAUCUAGACAGAGUUCAAACUAUGGUGGAAUCCAUUGGGUCAAAGUUAUCUCCAGGUGCUCAGCAGCUCAUGAAUAUGGUUCGACUUCAGCAGAAGAACAGUUUUCCUCUUAGAGACAAACUUCAAUGUAUCUUUGGAAAAAGAGAAUCUGUCUUUGGAGACAAGCAUACAGUCGAUGGAUUGCACAAUGCAGCUGCUUUUAAAGGAUUAGACCAAUCAUCCAAUGCACCCUUUCCUUUUAAAAGUUGUUUGACAACUGAAACAGUUUUUGGAGAUUUAAAAACACAUACUGGCAUGAACACAUGGAUACCUGGUAGAGAGAAUAUUCCUGAUCUUGAAACCCUUAAAACUAUGCAACAAAGCACUCCUCUUCCUGGAAAUGAUUUUAAAGUUAUGUUGUCAUCGUUAAUGCAAGAGCAAGCAAGUGCAAACCCAAAUAUGCCCAGUUCUGGGCUGCUGCUUCCUUUUCUUCAAAACUUAUGUGGUCAAGUAAAUCAUCUUCAGCUAGAUGAUGGGAAUAAGCAUUUUGAGAAGAGUACAAUGGAUGAAGAGGAAGGCAUUCAAACUAUUGGAAUGGAACAGCAGCCUAUUUGCUCCUACUUGGAAAAGGUCAUAUCCAAAAAUAUGGAACUGAUGGAGAAAAAACUAAUGGACUAUAUUGAUCUAAGUAUGCAGAAACUUCAGGAACAUAUAGAUACUAAAGUUGUUCUGUUAAUGGACAUGGUUCAAAACUCCAAAACGAACAAAAUGUCACAAGAACACUAUGACUCUGGAGAAGGACUCUCAAAUGGAGAGAGAUAGACAAUAUUUGAAAGAGAGGACCCCAAUAUAAAUACUUUCCAGGGAUGCUUGAAUCAUAUUGCACGUUGGUGCCAUAUAUAGAUGCCUUGUGGUCCUCUGCGUCUGAUCUCAUUCGGUAUGUAUCUCUGCUCACUUUCGUUUUCAAAAUAAGUCCAGCAGGGACCAAAAUGAUUACUAUUGAGAGCAAAGUGAUAAUAGACUGGUCCUGUAUCUCAACCCUUUCCCCAACUGCAUUGUGAACGAGUGUGAGUUGAGAUAAAUAUACAGUUAUAUAAUUGUUCUUAAACUAUAAACACUCAUGCUAUUCAGUGGUAGUAUGAUGUAUAAAAAAAAAAAAAAGGGCGGGGGGGAUUUGAAUAGCCACAAGAAGAUUCUGUUGUCACUAAGUCUAGAUCAGAAAAUCAAUCAAUCUGGUUCACCUAUAUUUUUAUAACCAAAAUUAUUUAUUGAAGAGAAUUAUAGGCUUUUAUUUGUCUAGGAAGUAAAUGCAACAGAUUUGAAAUUAGGGAAUGGUAAAGACAGAUAAGGAACAUAUUCAGAUGUAUACCAUCACUAAGCAAGUACUCUGAUGUUUAUUAGAAAUUUGCUACACUGGUAAAAAUGCUUCUAGAGCUCAUCAGCAGGAAAUCAUGCAAUGAACCAAUCCUUUUGACGGUAAAAGCGAUUGAAAUAACAUCAUGUUAAAUUGAUAAUACACCCAUCUGAGUUACUGGGAUUCUUUUACUUCAGCUUAAGUGGCCCAACAACGGUCACAUUUUCCUGGCCAGAACUUGUCUCUCUCUUGUUCCUAGUUACACAGCCCUGGUAGCAUCGGGAAGAAUAAUCGUACACCUUGCACACCACCACUUUGCACUGGAGGUAAACUGUAGAGUAUCCAUUAAAAAACUGAAAGGCUUUAAA